AUGGCGUCGUCGAGAGAUAAUUUGAAGGUUUACAUUCGAGUUACUCAAAAGAAAUCCGUCUCUGAAAACCCUAAAUCAUCAAAGAAGCUAAAAACAUCAUCAGCUGAAGAGAACAUAGAUGAACAAGAAAAUAUUAGCCGAAAAUCAACAAUGAAACAACAAAGAAUUAGAAAACGCAAAGAUAUUUCAGACAAUGAUGAUGAUUUUGUUGAUCCACAACCAAGAGUUAAUCCGACAAAAAAUCAAAAGAAGGAAAAAGCAGAAUCAAAACCAAAGAGAUCACUGAGAAAAGAUAAAACAAAAGAACAACCAGAACAACAACCAUAUUAUGAUUACGACGGAAAAAAAAUCAACAUAAGAUGUGCAGUCAAUAAUCUAAAAGAUUAUAUUGAAGGUUUGUCAAAAGAGCAAAGGAAUGUUGUUAGAGAAAUAGGGUUUGAGAGCAUACUAAAAUUCAAUUUAGAUUCAGUUCCACGCAAAUUCGGAUAUUGGCUGGUAAAAAACUUUGAUGCUGAAAAUGAUGAGAUAAAUACUGGAGAUGAAAAGAUUAAGAUCACAGCUGAAUUUAUCCAAAAGGUAUUUCAAAUACCAAAUGGAAAAACAGAGAUUGAGGAAAAACUGAGACCAAAAGACACUGAUCUUAUAAUUAAAUUCUGGCGCGGUCAAUUCAGCAAAGAUAUUUUGAAGAGAAUAAAGAAUAAAGAAAAAAAGAAAGAUGAAAAGGAUGAAUUUUAUGUUUAUCCAACUGAAUCCGAGAAUGAAAACGAAGAAAUUUUUAAAAAUGAAUCUGAAGAAAAUGAUGAAGACGAUGCUGAAGAACAACCAAUCACCUUACUUAAAGCUGCAACAGACUGGAUUGAUCAAGAGAAUCAAGAAAAUGUUCAAAAUAGCCCAAUUAAAACCAAUGAAACUGAGAAAACACAAACAGAAAGUGGAGGAUCAUGGGGGCAAUUCUUCAUUAAACCAUCAAUUGGAAAUAAAGAUAAAAUGUGGGUAGACAGUCAAAGCCGACUGCGUAAUUUCAUUCCAUCACAAAAUCAAAGUGAAGGUCUUUCUGACAUUCAUUCAACAAAAAGUGGCGAUGAAAAUAUGAAGAACAUUGAAGAUAAAAAAUCACAUGAAGAAUAUCUUGUGAAUGUUUUGAAUGAUCAUUUAAAAGGAUUUGAAGAAAUUUUCGAGAACAUCCAAUCACGCAUAGAUGAGAUUGUCGAAAAAUAUCCAAACAGUGAAGCUCUUCAUAACAAAAUAAACGAAUGGGUGCCAUUGAUUGAAAAAUUCAACCAUCAAGCAAAAAAGCACAAGAAAGUUAAUAUUGAUUCAACUAUGAUGGAAACACCAUCAAGAUUUCUAAAUUUGAGCCAAAAUGAAGACACUGAAAAUCAAAUCAUUUCAACUCCAUUGAUUAUAAAACGCAAUGAUGAUGAUGCAAAACGCAAUGAGGAUAACACAGCUGUAGUCCAGUCCCCCAAUCCAGAAAAAAUCAGUGACAAUGACCCUGCAUCUAUUCUGCAAACACACAUUGAAAAACCUUCAAUGGAACAAUCAUCAUUUAGCGAAGAAACUCCAUCAUUAAUGUUGUAG